AUGCUAGGUAGGUUAUUCAAGCAUAAAGAGAAUCACUCACCAGCGACUCUGUCGCCAACAUCUCCUCCCAUCACAUCGUCUUUUGAAGACUCGUAUUCUAGAGAAAUUCUAUAUGGCACACACAAUGCGAAUCUGCUAAAGCCCUACUACUUCAACAACCAACACUUUAGAAUCUUUAUAUCACAAGAUGGCGGGAAUCUACGUUCCAAACAACUACUUUUCGACUCAGCUCAAGCACCUUCACCACCACCACCACCACCACCACCACCAGUAUCAUCAUCUUCUUCUUCUUCAACUUCAUCGUCAUCGUCACCGUCAUUAUUAUUUUUAUCUACACCAGAGAACCCUUCAAAACGGUCUUUGCUACCGAAGUUAUUAUCCAACCACAGACAACACCACCAUAUUUCCGAUUUGAAUGAUUUGUCUUUUGGUUGUGGAUUGCCAACCAAUGAAGUACAGACACUAAUUAAAUUUCAUGUUCUACCGCCAUUGUCGCAUACUUCAAGUCCUUAUAGUUCUGUUUUGAUUACAAGAUUGUUUUCAAUAAGCGAUCAUGAGCCAUAUGUCACAGAAACACUAUUGGACAAUCGUGAAGAUUGGAUUCCGAAAACUACUGUUGCCCUUAAAGAGUCGAGCUUGAAACUAGAUGAUUUGAAGAUAAAUAGUCGGUUUGCCGUGGGGAUUGUUAUACCAGUAGAAUCGAAUAAUUCGGUACACGAAGGGAUUAUUAACAUCUGGAAUGAGAUUUCCCAUUUUCUAACUUUUUUGCAAAGAAUGGUGUACAAAAAGUUGCUACAACAGUUGAAUUUGGGCAUUGAUAAUGCUUUUCGUUGUGAAUAUUUGGUCAAAAAACGAUUACAGUUUCCUAGUAAUAUCUUGCAAAAUGAUUACGACCUUCAUUUGCAAUUGAAUAAGCUAAUCAAAUUGGUUCAUUACCUGAGCAACACUCCGAGGUUAAUGAAUAUAAAUUACUUGAUCAGAACCAAUAAAUUCGAGUAUAAUUCAGCUCUUAUUAAUUGGGUGUUGGAAGUAUUGAACUGGCUUGAAUUCAAGGAUGGAAAAAGCAAUUUAGCUAAUACAUCAUCACCUUCAUUCCUUGCAACAGUUCUUUCCUUAUUGAUACAGCAUAGAAAGUCCUUGGGAAUGCGGCCAUUUUAUAACAGUCUGUCUAGUCUGCGUGAAGUUACGCGAGUGGUUGUAAUGACGGGGAACCCCGCAGUUGCGAAGCGGUUGAUUUUCAUUAUGAAUGGACUCAUUGCGAAUACAGAGAGAGAAACAGAGACAGAGACAGAGAUAGAGACGGAGACGGAGAUGGAGAUAGAUGACAAUGAUAGAAAAGAGGAAAAAGAUAAAGAAAAAGAAGAAGAAGAAGGAAAAGAAGAAGGAAAAGAAGAAGAAGAAGGAAAAGAAGAAGAAGAAGGAAAAGGAAAAGUAAAGGAAAGAGAAAAUGUAAAAGAAAAAGAAGACAAUGUUGCGUUUAUUGAUAAGCGACGACCCGCUGCUGGUAUUGUUGAUGAACUGCGGCAGCAGCACUCCUCGGACUCAGAAGAAUACAUUAAUAGAAGUUGGGAAUCCGCAAUAAAUGCCAGUGCUACUGUCUCACGUGUGCAGCCGUCGGCUGUUAGUAUACCAAUACAAAACAAAAAUCAUCAGCAUUAUUCACCCAUUGGUAUACCCAUCAAAACUCCAGCUACUUCACAAGCGUCGUCAUCCUUGUCAAAAUCUGCAUCUACAGCUCAGCUAUCAGGAUCCUUAAGUUCCUCCUACUCUUCAUUACAGUCAAACUUCUCCUUGUCUAAAUAUGCCAGUGUUGGUGGUUCAUUUAUGGACAAGUGGAAAAAUUCAUUUGGUAAUGGCAGUCAACCUAAUUCGUCAUCAACAACGACUGGCUACUUUGACGAACCGAUAAGUAGUUUGAAUACCAAGAAGUCCAUUCAUUCUUUGAGAGCACCUUCUCCAGCAUUUGAAAAUGAUGAGCAUAAUUGGCAACCAACAAAUAACUCUAUCACACCUCCUUUAUCAAUGACACCAAGUAAACUAUCCAGAAAUCAGUCAUUAUACGAUCUCUACAAUAUGAAUAUGAAAGCCAUGAGUGAGGAACAACUUUCCGACUCAUCUGACUCGCUGUCAUCGUCAACUGUCAACAAUAAUACUAAUGCCAAUGCAUUCAACAGUGGUUUAGAAGUCAAGCGAUGUAAGACUAGUGUUUUUUCUCCAUUAGUUAGUGAUAGCUUGGUGAAGAAUGUUUGUGAGUUUAAUAGAAGUAAGAUACAGGACAAGUGUCAAAGUAUAAUGAGAAAGAAUCAUUAUUUUAAGAAACGGGACAACACCUUGGAAGUCGGUGUACCACAAGAAGAAGCUAAGAAAACACGAGUUUUUAAGUAUAAGAUACUAUUGCCUUGUGUAGGAUUCUCAGAUGAGUAUCGACCGGAGUUUGUGUUACAAUCAUGUCCCAUAAACCCGAAGUUGGAGCAACAGAUUAUGAACUCGAUGAAGAAUGAUUUGAUAUAUUAUCAAAAUAAUUAUAGUCUCCCGCAAAACAAGAUCCGUACAAUAUUUAUUAAUCUAAGAGCUCGUGAAGUAAAGACAAUUGAGAUGUACAUCAAUAAUGAACAAAAAAAAUCAGCAGAGACGACUAGCGAGGGCAAGAAGGAGCACGUUCAAAAUACAUACAAAACAAAAUUGACCAAGAUCCAUUCACCGUUGAAAUGUUUUGGUGAUAGAAAGUUAAUAAAUCGAAUAGAGUUGGUUAUGGAUGAAAUUGAUCAGUUGUUUAAAGCACAGCAAUUAGAGUACCAGGAUGAAAGGAAUAAAAAGUACAACAAGGAGCAAUUUCAUAAUAAAUUGCACAGUUUGGUUAUGGAACUACUCACAUGA